UGCUAAUGAUUAUGAUUAAACAUACGCUUGUCAUUUGCGGCUUCGUCUGAGCAAACAGACUUUAUAUGGCAUUGGUACAAGAAUGGCAGCUAAAUAUUAUAAUACCCAUACAGGAUUUAUGGAUUAUUAAGAAUGUCAUUGCAAUACAGUAACCACAACGAUAACACUAACCUAACAAUACUGAUUACAGAUUUCUCUUGGAAAAAAUGCAGUCUGACGGUUGGAAUCUAUUAACUUAACCAAUUUAGCAAUUUGAGGUGGUGAAAACGUUGAAGACAGUGGUUUAUUUCACACGAAAAUGUCAUUCGUGACGAUUCUUGACACCUGUGUGAACUUGGAUUAAAGUUGCGUGCGCAGUACGCACAAUAGAAGGUGAUGUCACGCUUGAGGAUAAGUACUCAUUUAACAUUUUAUUAGUUUCCUUCCGCAGAAGCAUUCAUUAACAAAUAGGGGCAUAAUCUAGAUGUCACGCAAAAUAGGAAUUUAAUUGGCUAAAGCACAAAUAAAUUGGUAAGGCUUAGCGAAUCAUUUCAUGAGAUGAAAUAAGAACACCCCCCCGCCCUGUUUCUCGGUCAUCGACAAAUAUUCCAUUGUUUGGAACACGAGAGCAAAGAGGAAACGCGGAACAUCAAGGCUGAAAUCAUUUGUCAACAGACGCCAAAAUAAAGAUCGUCCAAAGUAUAUUUAGGAGAAGUUUCGACUUUUGAACCUAAAAGAACCUUCGUCAGAGAAAGUGGAAUAAGAGUUUGCCCUUGGGGAAUAUGUCGUGAACCGGAAGUCGAUCUGUUUAAAAACUGUCGAAGCUACUUCAUGAUGAUUCAAAAAUAAAAGGAAUGACGUCUGACGAUACAGAGAAUUAAGAUAAAUACGUAAACCGAUCUGAAUUAUCCGUGGAAUUAUCAGAAUAUAAGAUAAGAACAUCUGGCGGGCCAUACCAUAUUGUACGCAUGAUGUGGGUAAUUUCACUUGUUUGAGAGCCUAGCAACGUCGAGCUGUAAAUAACUAAAGGGAAGGUUUUCAAUGUACUUGAAAGUUUGAAUGAAACAAAUCGAAAAUAGCCGGGAGAUUAGAGUGAAAUCAUUUCAUGAAAGAACCGCCAUUGAGCAAGGUUUAGCAAGGAGAGACGCAACCAGGCACGUAGUUCACACGAAGAUAUCGGUGUUGCAAGAUUACGCCGGACUUCUUAAAUACAGCUGAACUGUAUUGACUGAAGUUUCGUCUCGAAGUACGUGAUUUUCACGCGAUCUUUGAAUUUCAAGCAAGUGAGACGUCUCUGUUUAUAUAAACUAAUGGUAUUAUCGUAAAGUGGAAGCUGGAAGCGUUCAAUUUGACACGUUUAGAAACAGAUAAUUGAGCGGAAAAUGCAGUUACUCGAAGCACCGUCGGGCCAACAAAUACGAAACACUUUGCAACCAACGAAUAACACCCGCGAAGGGCUGGCAGCAGAACCUCAUAUUUCCAUGGUGAUUCGUCUUACUCUUUACGCUGUCGUCUUUGUGCUAACAGUACUUGGUAAUAUGUCAGUGAUCAUGGUCAUUAUAAAAAAAAGAAAACUCCGCAGUAUCGAAACUUACUAUUAUGGCUACUACCUGUUAAAUCUCGCUAUUGCAGAUCUCAGUGUCGCGCUUUUUGUCAUCCCAUUCACCGUUGUAUAUAACGAAAGCGGCGAUUGGCCAUUCUCAGCUUUCCUCUGCAAGUUAAUACCCACGCUACUCGUAGCAAGCUUAUGUGCAUCGAUUCUCACCCUUUUGGUGCUCACAUGCGAACGAUAUUGGUCUAUGUGCUACCCAUUCAAACCACGGUUAACACGAAACAAACUUCUUUUGAUCUUAGGCCUUGUAUGGAUUCUUAGUUUCGCGGCUGCUUCGCCUGAGUUAGUGGUAUACCAGUUGCGCGGGAAAAUAUCGAAGACUCGUAUCCAGGAAAAAUAUCCCUGCGCUGAGCAGUGGGCAAACGAGGAACAGCGGCAAGCGUAUACAAUGUUUCUAUUCAUCUUUUCCUACCUGCUGCCAUUAGUGGUUAUCUUGUCAGCGUAUUUGAAAAUUGUGUAUGAACUGAAAACCUCAGAGGCUCAGUGCUUCGGACCUAAUGAAAAAGACAUUACAAAAAAGACUGUUAGAGUUCUCGUUAUUGUCGUUGCAAGCUUCGCGCUGUGUUAUCUUCCCGAGAAAGUAUUGUUUAUUUGGAUAGACUAUGGUUCUGGCGGCACGUAUCCUUACAUCGAUAUUUUGGUGAAGUAUUCGUACUUUUUUCAGUGGCUUAACUCGUGUCUAAAUCCGAUUAUCUACGGAGCGGUGGAUAUGAACUUUAGGAACGGUUACGCGUCAUUUUUGCGACGUUUCGCAGGGUUCAAGAAAAAACUCCGAGUCUCUAGAUCGUCAAGACAAGGGACAGGUUUUUUAACAUCAGUCAUCACACCGGAAUAAUAUUCUGGACACUUGGUUACAACAAAGAUAGACUGCCGAUUGGUCAGUGAUGAUAGGACACUAAAAGAAUGCGGUUUCUUCUGCAUAAUAUGUAUGAUGUAAAUUUAAAAAUGUUUUGGGAGAGUCAUUGCCCAUUAUUGUAUAUCUCAGAACCCUCAGACCCCCAGGGACGUUGAGCGAUACGAGGGCUAAAGUGACAGAUUUUCGUGAAAGGGCAAACUAGAGGUGUUUGUUAAAACUAUUGUUGAACUUCGUUUCAUCGUGUUCUUUCCAAGAUAAUUUUGGUAUCAGCGAGAUUUUCACAAGACGAUUAUUCUAUACUUGAAGCUCGUUUGUUGCACCCUCACGUGCACACUUAAGAUAUAGAAUGAAAUCCCUUAAAAUGAAAAGGCAUCAUUGCCCCCUUGCCCCGGCUCAUAAAACUUAAAAACAAGAGGGGCAGCUGCCCCUGACCCCCCCUGUCCCAACGUCCCCACAGGCUCCUAACAGAACUAAUAUGUCUCAUUUGUAUUGACACUUAAAUUAAUCUUUUGUUGAUGUCGCUAUGGCAACUAUAUGGUUGAUAGAGUAAGAACAUAAACAAGCUUACCCCCUUAAAAAAGGAAUUAUCAGAAUUAAAUGAAAAACGGAUAUUUCCUUGUUUAUCUGAUCACAUUUAAUAGAAAUCUGAUUGAGACUUCCGAGCGCAAUUGACUGCUUACUUUUUAAAUCCAGAUUACACAACAGCUUAUUACUGCAGCUAGUUUGUGACCUCGGGUCAAUUUAUACCAUAUGCGGUCCUA